AUGCUCCAGCAAUUCAUCACCACGUUAUUCACCUUCGUCUCCAGUCUGCUUCAUGCUCUGUGGGCAACAUUGAAGCCUGAGCCGGCUGGUUUGGCAGCGCGAGACGGUUCCCCCUGGGAUUUCAUGGAGGAGUUGACUCCCAGAAAGCUGGCUGUCAAGCAGCUGAAGGAGCAGUUCCUGGAGGCCCUGCGGACCAACAAUGCACAGGAGGUCCUGCAGAUUCUGCACACUGGGAAAAUAGACAUCGACGCGGUGCUGGAGGUGGACGACCCCAGCAUGGUUCUAGCCUCAUAUAAGCAAGGAUAUUGGCUGCCGGGCUAUAAACUGGAGACAUCCUGGGCAAUGGGCAUCCACGUGUGUGUGAUGUACAACGCAGUGGAAACGGCGCUGGUGCUUCUUCAGAAGGGUGCAGCCGUCAACAGGAUGCCCAACGGGAAGACGCCCCUGCACGUGGCCUGUGAGGUCUCCAACAGCGACUGCGUGGCCUUGCUCCUGGCCCACGGGGCGAAGAUCAACAGCCUGUCGCUGAGCGGACACACGCCCCUGCACUACUGCAUAACCAGCGAGUCUGUGGAGUGUGCCAAGCAGCUCAUCCUCAAAGGUGCAAAGGUCAACAUGGCCAGCCACAACAACGACGAGGUCACGCCGCUGCACACAGCAGCCAGGUUCGGCGUCCCUGAGCUGGCAGCUCUGUUUUUGGCCCACGGAGCGUCUGUGGAUGCAGUCAACGCCCUGCAGGAGACUCCUCUGAUGACCGCAGCGUACUGGGCCUUCGACGCCAAAGAGCAGCUCUACAGCGAGAACCAUCACUUAGUCUGCCGCCUUCUGCUGGACCACCUGGCAGAUCCCAACCUUCAGGAGGAAGACCAUAAGACGGCUCUUCACAAAGCGGCCUGGAACUGCGACCACGUUCUGAUGCAGAUGCUCCUGGAGGCCGGGGCCGACGCUCGAGCCAUGGACAUCAACGGCUGCGCCCCCAUCCAGUAUCUCCUCAAAGUGACGGACGUCAGGCCGAUGGCCAUACCGGAGCUCUGCUAUCAGCUGCUGCUGAACCACAACGCGGCCCGGAUCUACCCUCCACAGUUCCACAAGGUGUUGCAGGCCUGUCACGACUUCCCCGGAGUCGUAGAAAUCAUGAUCAACUGCUACGAGCGUCUGAAGCCUACGAGGAAGUGGAGAACUGCGAUUCCUGACGACUGUUACGAGCGACACACAGAUUUCUACAACUCAGUCUUCGCGGUUUGCAGCAACGCCCCCCGCAGCCUGCUGCACCUCUCCAGAUGUGCCAUCAGGUCAGCGCUGGGCCGCUUCUGCCACAAAGGAGUCCCACAACUGCCUCUGCCUUCCUCCCUGAAGAAAUAUCUAUUACUGGAACCUGAGGGGAUACUGUACUGAUAGACAUACUUGCUGAAUGGAUGCGGACAAAGCUGUUUGGCUUGUUGCAAGUUAAUAAUUAACUGAGUUCUCAUCCAUAGACGAGCAUGGGAUUCAGAAAGAAGUAAGGAAAUUUCUCUUCAGGUGUUUCACCUCCAGCAGAUGAUGCUUUGAACACGAAUGUAUUUCCUUUCUGUACAGUCUAUCUGAAGAGGAUCCAGACGCGCCUGGCAACCAGCCGUAAUGCUCUCAGACGCAUGUUCUUUUGAGAACAAACACUUCAUAAACCACUCCACAGUGAGGACUUCUUCUUCCAACGGACUGGCAUCAAAAUGCUGCUUUGGCACACAACUUCUUCACAAGAUAUUAACAAUGCACAGGUUUUCAUUCAUUCCCCAGUUCUUCUUUCAGAAACACUGGGAAAUGCUUUAGAUUUCCAGCCGCAGCAGCAGUGGGAGGCCUGAGACAUGCAGUCGCCACUGCAGGCUCUGUAACGGUCUCGGUUUAUUUCACCAAGAUGUUUUGUCUAAUUUAACCGAGUCAGGUAACGACAAUGCCAUUUCACCACAAAAAAUGCACUUUAUUGAAACGGACUGAAGGAGAGG